CCUCACAAGACUAAAGCACGUCUACAGAGGCCUACCGACGAGCGGUUCGUCAACAUGGCGUCUACAGCUGGUGGUGGCGACAGGCAGUUGAAAGAGCGUGUUCUAGAUCGCUACUCAGAUUUACUGCGAAGCCUCAAUGUCGUUAGAGUAUUGCAUCCUCUUUUCCAAGCCGGCGCUAUCACUAAGAAAGAGUUCGACAACAUAUCGGACAUUCGUUCUCGUAGUGAGCAAGUGGAACGUUUGUUGGAUGUCUUGUCUCGUGGUCCGUCAUGCACGUUUGACAAGUUCUGUACUGUGAUGGAUAAAGAGCAAGCACGUCUAGCUGAGACAGACGUUCUACAAGAGCAAGCACAUGUUUCUGAUCAGCCAGAGCUCAAGACAGAAACACAAGCUACUCGUGAGAGGCUUACCGACGAGCGGAUCGUCAGCUUGGCGUAUACAGCUGCUGUUGGCGCCAGGCAGUUUAAGGAGCGUGUUCGAGAUCGCUACCCAGAUUUACUGCGAAGCCUCAACGUCGUUAGAGUAUUGUAUCCUCUUUUUCAAGCCGGUGCUAUCAAUAAGGAGGAGUUCGACGACAUAUCGUACGUUCGUUCUGGUAGUGAGCAAAUGAAGCGUUUGUUGGAUGUCUUGUCUCUUGGUCCCUCAAGCACGUUUGACAAGUUCUGUACUGUGAUGGAUAAAGAGCAAGCACGCCUACCUGAGACAGACGUUCUACAAGAGCAAACACACGUUUCUGAUCAGCCAGAGCUCAAGACAGAAACACAAGCUACUCGUAAGGUGCUUUGCAUGGUGGGGAAGGAGAGCCAUUUGAGCAGUUUACGGUUGUCGUUGACAAAGGCAAUCUGCACACAUGAUUUCGUUUGUAGGAUUUUUGUGGGAUAUCGUACAUUUCAAGUUGAUCGUGAUUGGAUAGGAGGAAUGAACUGUUGUAGGUUCAUGUUUUUAUUAUUCUUGUAUUGUCGUCUAUUAGCAGUGUACGUGAAGUUUUCAACACUAGAAUGUGUUGAGCAGUUAAAGUGUUUGACAGUGCGUCUGUAGAGUAGGAGCAUGUCACAAGGUUUAGUAGUUGGGUUGCAUGACUGACAGUUUUACGGGUUUGAAUUUGUUCACUGUAUGGUGGUGUUUGUUGCUGUUGUGACAAGCAUUGCAAUGAAUCCGAA